UUGAUUUGCCGUGCAGUCGGACGAGGGAGGUCGUCUUACAGACCAGAUAUGGAGGCUGAAAGAAAAAGUUUUCCCGACACUUGGAAACUUGACUUGUGGUGCUACUGAUCAAAGGGGAGAUGGACCGGGCAGGAGAUCGACUCUUUCUGUGUCAUGCUUGAGAAGCCGGCGGCGUUUUGGAGGAGGCUCUACCUGUGAAUGAACUGCUUGGAUGGCAUUUUUUCUUUACCACAAAGGACAAGUAACCAGAGGAUUACAUUGUCAGGGUAUGCUGUGUUUGAGCUGAGCAGCGUGUGGCGUGUGGUUCUACCCCUGAAAGUCACAGCAUUGCUAUGUUCUGACUGUCCGGCUCAUUAGCAGCACUUAUCCCGCAGACCUUCGUGCUGUUUGUUUUUUCUUCCUCCUCGUAUCUCGUCAGUCAUCUCUCCUUUGUGUGCUCCGGAGAAGGAGGAGCUCAGGACCAAAAACACCACAUUGCCUUCUCUUAUGAGCCUAUAAGAGCCAUUUUGAUUUGUUGACUGCGUCCCCUCCAUGGAGCCGCUCUGAGCCUAUCAGGACCCCACCGCCAGCCAGCGAUGGACUGCACGGCGGCGAUCCUGAAGGCGUGCGCCCGCUGCAGGACCAAGUGGUGUCGGCAUGAGCGGUCCUCCGUCCGUCGCCCCGGGAGACGGGCAGGGGGCUGCAGCUGCAGCGGCAAUGUCGCCGCAGUGAGGGUCAGCGGGCGCGCCUCUUCCCUCCUGCAGCACAUGCUGUUUAAGGCUUGCUGCUGUCUGUCCCACGAGGACGCCUCUGACCGAUGCCCGGAACGGCUCGACCGUCCCAGUGGUGCACAGGGAGGAGGGAAACGUGAGGAGGAAGGUGAGGACCAGGAAUUAGGGCCCCCACCCUCAGUGGACGAGGCGGCCGAUGCUCUGAUGACCAGGCUGGGCUUCCUGCUGGGGGACAAGAUAAUCAGCGGAGAGCCGGGUUCCUCUUACCACGGCCAGGAUGAUGGACAGAGGAUCUCUCCUUCCUCCAGCCUGGCUAGUAGCACCACCUCCCCUUGCUCUACACUGCAGCCUCCUGCUGGAGGGGAGGGCCACAACAACGACAAGCACGCCUCCUCCCUCCAUGUCCCCGUCACCUCCCCCACCUCCACACUGGAGAGCAGAGACAGCGGCAUCAUAGCCACGUUGACCAGCUGUACUGCUGAGUCGGCAGCAGAGCGGGACGAAAGCGGCAAGUAUCCUGCCGACGGUUACCACGGCAGCAGCCUGAAUCUCUGGCAGCAAGGGGGGCGGCCGGUGGUGGCCUCCAACUCCUCUUCCUGUAUGGUAGCAGCAGGGAGCGUGAACGACGGCUUCCUGAACCAGGUGGAGGACAUCAUGGCCGCCUCCACUUACAGCCUCAACAAACUCCACCCAGACCGAGGACCGGGCUCCGCCCGCUCAUCAGGCUCCACCCACUCCAUCCCUCUGUACCUCAUGCCCCGCCCUAAUUCCGUUGCUGCCACCAGUUCUGCCCACCUGGAAGAUCUAGCGUAUCUGGAUGAGCAGCAGAGACACAUCCCUUCAAGAACGUCCCUCAGAAUGCCACGGCAGAAUUCUGGGGGUCGUGGUCAACAGGAUCACAGAGUGUGUUUCACCCCCUCCCUCAACCUGAAGCCCCUCCACUUUGAGGUUCCGGGUCUCUCUUCUGAUUGGCUGUUCACCGGCAGGGAAUGGCUCUUCCAAGAAGUGGACGCCUGUCUUCGAAGUGGCGACCCGGCGACUAGUCGGGGCGUGGUGAUCGUCGGCAACAUGGGCUUCGGCAAAACGGCCAUUGUCGCCCGGCUGGUGGCGCUCAGUUGUCACGGAAACCGCAUGUUGCCAACCGCCGCCGGCAACCUGAGCUCGGCUAAAUAUGCAGAGGCCGAGUCUUACACCCGCGACUCCCUGGGGAGAGGAGGGGGAGGGGGAGACGAAGGAGGGGGAGGAAGCUGUCCGGGGACUCCAGAGAUGAGGAAGAGACAAGAGGACGCGCUGAGGAGGCUCGCAGCACAGGUCGUCGCGUAUCACUUCUGUCAAGCUGAUAACUGUCACACCUGCCUGGUGCCCGAGUUCGUCCACAACAUGGCGGCGAUGCUGAGCGACGCCCCCCAGCUGUCGGCCUAUCGGGAGCUGCUGCACUGCACGCCGCAGCUGCAGAGCACGCUCAGCCUGCGCUCCUGCAUCCAGGAUCCCAGCUCAGCCCUGCACAGAGGAAUACUAGACCCCCUGGAGGCGCUCUACAGAGAGAGGAAGUUGCACGUGGACGGGGCGGGGCUCAUAGUACUGAUUGACGGGCUCAACGAGGCAGAGUUCCACCGGCCGGACUACGGCGACGCUCUGACUUCCUUCCUUUCCCGAAAUGUCCGUAAAUUUCCCCCUUGGCUGAAGGUCAUAACCACUGUGAGGACCGGCCAGCAGGACAUUGCUCGUUCUCUUCCUUUUCACUGCAUCUCUUUAAACAGGAUGGAGGAGAACAGCGCCAUAGACCAGGACCUGCAGGGUUACCUGAUGCAGCGUAUCCACAGCAGCACAGAGAUCCAGAGCAACGUGUCGCUGGGCAACGGUCGCCUGGACAACACGGGGCUGGCCAAGCUCAUCGGCCACCUGAAGAGCCUGAGUAAGGGCUCCUACCUUUACCUGAAGCUGACCCUGGAUCUGAUUGAGGGGGGAUACCUGGUCCUGAAGAGUUCCAGCUUCAAGGUGGUCCCUGUGAGCCUAGCAGAGGUCUACCUUCUGCAGCUCAACAUGCGGUUUCCCACGCAGUCGUCUUUUCAGCGAGUUCAGCCGCUGCUCAACGUUACGGUGGCGUCCCUGCACCCGCUGACUGACCAGCAGCUGUUUGAGGCUGUGAACGCGGGCGCUCUGACCGGGGGGGCGCUGCACUGGGGGGAGUUUGUGCCCCGCCUGGAGCAGCUCUCCUCCUUCCUGCUGCGGCGGAGCGACGGCAGCAGGAUGCUAAACCACGCCUCCUUCAGGGAGUGGCUAAUGUGGCGAGAGGACGGUCAGGACGACAGGUUCCUCUGCGACCCCAGGAGUGGUCACACUCUCCUGGCCUUCUGGCUCUGCCGGCAGGAGGGGAAGUUGAACCGCCAGGAGACGCUGGAGCUGGGACAUCACAUCCUGAAGGCUCACAUCUACAAGGGUCUGAGUAAGAAGCUUGGGGUUUCCUCCUCAGUUCUGCAGGGGCUGUGGCUGUCCUACAGCACGGAGAGCCUGAGCCCUGCACUCUCAUCGCUGCGCAACCUUUACACCCCCAACAUCAAGGUGAGCAGGUUGCUGAUUAUGGGCGGGGCUGAUGUGGAUUUUCGUUGCGAUGUCCUCAACAACGCCCCCCUGCUGUGUGUCCACGCUCACCUGGGCCACAGUGAUGCCGUGGCGCUGCUGCUGGACCUCGGAGCUCAGGUGGAUGCUCAGUCACAGGAGGGCGUGACCGCGCUGGGAUUCGCCGCCGCGGCGGGCCAUAUGGACAUUGUUACCAUGCUGAGUCAGCACAACGCUAAGGUGGGCCACGUGGACAGCUCGGGGCGCUGCGUGCUCGUGCACGCCGCCCAGCGGGGGCGCCUCGACGUGCUGCGCUUCCUGCUCAGGCGCGCCGACUGGAGCUGUGCUUCCUGCUGUGGCCAGAGGGCGGCGAGCCGGAGCCAGGCGGUGCAGCAGGCUCUGGUCGCGGCGGCCAGCACGGGCCACGCCGAGAUUGUGUCGUACCUCCUGGACCUUCCGGAGGAAGAAGAGGAAGAGGAGGAGAGACCGGAGAUCAACACACCCGACAGUCUGUGGGGAGAGACGGCUCUGACGGCCGCGGCAGCAAGCGGCAGGCUGGCUAUCUGCCGCCUGCUGUUGGAUCAGGGGGCUGCCGUGGAGCAGUGCAACAGGCGGGGCACGGCCCCCCUCUUCAGCAGCGUGAGACGUGGCCACCUGCAGGUGGUGGAGCUGCUACUGAGUCGAGGGGUGGAGGUGAACAUGGUCGACCAGCAGGGUCGAACGGCCCUGAUGACAGCAGCCUCGGAGGGACACAUGAACACAGCCCAGCUGCUGCUGGAUCACGGAGCCUCUCUCGAACAGACCGACAGGGAAGGCCUAACGCCGCUGAGCUGGGCGUGUCUGAAAGGCCAGCUCCCAUUGGUCAAAGAACUGGUGGAGCGAGGUGCGGCCACAACCCACGUCGACCGCAGCGGGCGGACACCUCUGGAUCUGGCUGCUUUCCGCGGGGACCCAGAAGUGGUGCAGCACCUGGUGGAUCACGGCGCGUCGGUGGAGCAUGUGGAUUCCAGCGGGAUGCGCCCCCUGGACCGGGCGGUCGGCUGCAGAAACACUUCGGCAGUCAUCGCUCUGCUCAAAAAGGGAGCCAAGAUAGGACCUGCGACGUGGGCCAUGGCAACCUCUAAACCAGACAUCCUAAUGGUUCUGCUCAGUAAACUGAUCCAAGAGGGAGACCGCCUCUACAAGCAAGGCGACGUGGAGGAAGCGGCUCACUCGUACCAGUCGGCUCUCCAGAAGUUCCCCGGGGACGAGCUGAAGACCUCCAGACAGCUGAGGGUGUGCGUGCUGCUCAACCUGUCUCGCUGCCACCGCAAGAUGAACGAUUUUGGCCUCGCUGAGGAUUUUGCCACCAAGGCGCUCGAGCUGAAAGCCAAAUCCUACGAAGCCUUUUAUGCCCGAGCCCGUGCCAAACGUGGACGCAGACAGUUCCAUGCAGCCCUGGAGGACCUGAUUGAGGCCAGCCGCCUGUGCCCCUCCAACCGAGAGAUCAAGCGCCUUCUGUCCCGGGUCAAGGAAGAGUGUCGGCAGGUUGUGCACCAACCAGACUCUUCCCCUCCCUCGUCGAAUCCCGCGUAUCAACAAAAUGCGUCCAUGUCCGUCAACGAGGCCAAGGGCAGAGACACCGGGUGUCUGGAGGCGCAAGACAGGGCGGGGCUUACAGAGGAGGAGGAGGAAGAUGAUGAGGAGGAGGAGGAGAGUCAGAGGGAAGGAGAUCCUCAUCCUCACCCCUCUUCGUUGCAUCCUCCACCUGUGGUUCAAAGUGUCGACGCCCACUGCUACCCCAGCGGGCCGCCCCCUUCCUCCCUCUCUCCCACUCACCUGUACCGUCACCUCCCGAGCCCCGCACACUCCCCCUCCUCUUCUCCGGGUCACCCCGCCCCUCCUCCUCCUCAGUCCACCUCCUACCACCAUUUCAUCCCCCCACAGCGGCCCAGCCAAAUGUCAGAGAGUAUGCCCGCGUUGUCAGGGAAUGGAAGCCUGCAGUACCACUCACAUGCCGCCUCUGUCCAACACCACCCAGACCAGAUCCAGGGGGCGCAGCAGCAACACCACCACCACCGGUCCAAUCAGAGAUCCUUCCAAAACCCCGUUCAAGGUCAGUGGCUCCAAGCGGCCAAAGUGCAGGUAGUCCGAUGCAGUCAGCCCAGUUCCGCUUCCCAUUCCAGCACGGCUUUGGGAAGUUCUGCUUACUCCCAGUUUGGCCAUUUGCCACAAGAGCUGGCCAAGCUCGGGGAAAUCCUGUGCCCGAGCCACUUGGAUGUCAGGCCCAGCUUGCAGGUCCAGGCUGGUCUGAUCUCUGGAUCGUAUCCUCUGGACGAUGUAGACGUUGACUUUGAUGGCCAGGAAAGACUUGCAUCCGCCUACGGGAGAGAAGGAGGAGGGGAGCGGGCUGGGAUGAGUCGAUUCGGUCCGGCCCGUCACUUAAGUCGCAACCAGUCCAAGGCAGCCUACUACCCGAUGGCAGUGACUGAGGCACCAAUGGGACCUCCUGAUAGCCUCCCACCAUCCCACGAUUACCAAUACCACCAUCAGGGUGCACUGCAACGCCACCUCAGUGCCCACCCAACCUCUUCCCCCGCUGUUCCCCCAAGGCCUCUUGUCCACUCCCAGAGUAUCAGUGUCCGUUUCUCCACCAGCAGCGGCAGCCUGGCUGGCGGGCAGCCACCCAAUCACGGACCAAGCUUCAGGACGUCCGCCUCCGCCCAGCACAUGACGGCCCCUUCACACCUGGCAUACGCGGGAGGCGUUACCGGCUACCACGACGACCUCUUUCUGAUGUCCUCUCCCCAGUCCGAAACAUUCAUGGCCGGGGGCGGGACUUAUCCCGGGGAGGCGGGCCGGUCCGCGAGGAACACUCCUUUUAUGGGCGUCAGCGACAGAACCGCGAGGGGCCACCAGCAGUAUCAACAACAAGCUCCCUCCAGCUCCUGCCUCAGCCCUUCUCGGUCGUGGGCCGUGUCCUCGGUGGAUACGGUCGUCACCUCGCCCAGCAAAAGCCCCGGCAGCCAGGGAGGCUUCGGCCCAGCCCAACCGUCCUCCAUUGCCUACCACAACCGCAGCAACAACAACGCCCACAACGACAACCAGCCGGAGUACUAUCCCCAGGGCGAAGGUUCGGUGAAGGUCGCUAGUCAGAAUCCCUCCUACCUGGAUGUGAAGCUGGCCAGAACGCUGCCAGUGAUCCACAGUGACAGAAAGACGGGACCGACCUCUCCGGUGAAACCAAAAAGACCCUUCGUAGAGUCCAAUGUGUAGAGGCAGGUUCAAAUGUUUAGUAAGGACAAGGGAAGAGGGGUUAAAGAAGAAAUGAGUGCCCUUAUGUGUUCCAGUAGGCACCGGAGCUAUUGGAUCAUCAAGGCUGCAGGAAAUGAACGAGUUGGUACCACAUGCAGUUCUUGCAUGUACACGCCGAGGGGGGAAAAAAAGAUUAAAUCCUGUGUACAUUUUCACAGAGUGGCAGACGUAAUGACUCUGUGUUGUAAAGAAGAGGCAGAGGUUUAACGUACACGUUUGAGAAGGAACAUAUCGUUUUUUUUACAAGUCAGGUCAGUUAACGAGCCAGAGGCCGAGGGAAAAGCCAUUACAAAGGGAGUAAGGGAAGGACGAGAGGACUCCUGCCGUUACAUUGCACAAUGACGGAAGAGGAGGAUUUGGGGGGAAAUCAGGAGUCAACUGAAAAAAGUCAAAUCAUUCAGCACAAAAAUAGAAAUCCUUUCCUUGCUGAGCCCCAAAUGAUGCUGUCCUUGAAUAAGCACUGGCUUGCUGUAUAUAAAACAAAAACUAAGUGGUAUUUAUCUUUAUUAAGUUAUAUCUGUAUAAAUCUGUAUGAAUAUUGUUUCUCUUACUGUAUAUUCCUUUUGGAUUUAUUUAGAGGGUCUUUCACAUAAAACGUAUGUAAAUCUUCUUCUCAAAGAGAUAAUAAAAGCAAAGUCAGUUCAGCUUU